CAAAGAAAAUGUGAAAAAACUCCUAGAACUUCAUCGAAAAAUGGGUUGUAGCGAAAGCAUUAAUAUAUUAUUGAAAUUGACAUUUGAAGGUCGAAGAAAAAUUAUAUUGGAUGGAGAGUACACUGACAUUUACGAUAUCAUGAAGAGACAUUGCCCAGUGUUAAACCAAGCAAACUAUCUUCACGUUGAAUUUGAGAUGUACGUGGGAAAAGAGGUUCGUGAAUUCAUGGCAAAGUGGUCCGAAUAUGUUCCACUUAUUCUAAAAGUGGCCAAGAAAAGUGCACUCAACAACGAAAAAAUAAGGAAGCUGGUGGAUUUUUACAGGCGUACGUCAGACAUUAACGAGUGUUUCGAUACAAAAUCUUGUGCCGCCCUUGAGUUGCUGCCUCUCUUGCUUCCAGUCAGGAAUAAGAAAAAUAUUAAUGCUGCAGAUUUCAUUUAUUGCGCUAAAGAGGAGUCAGCAUCUAUUACCGAUGUGUUAAAGGAAAGUAAAGGUCGGGGUCCCUUCAUUCUACACAUUGAAGACAAUUUUCAUAUCAUCGCAGACUGCCAAAGUUUUUGCAGAUCAACAAAUUCAUCCGAAGCGCUCCUUAAUCUAUUUGCUUGCAUUUAUGUUUUCAAUAUUGCUUAUAAUAAGGAGGCUCUGAACUAGGGU